AUGACCAGUGCCGUAGGUUUGUGUAUUCAGCCAAUGGUGAUACAAAAAGCUGCAGAAGUGGGCAGUAGUUUAGCAGCCACCAUAGGUGUAUGCACCAUUGCUGGAUUUUUUACAUUUAUUACACCAGUACUCAUUCAUUUGGUAACAAGAAAAUAUGUGACGUCUAUCGAGUAUAACAAAAAAACUGACGAGUACAGUGCCACAAUUAUUUCACUGUUCUUAAAACCUAAGAAGGUGCAAUUUAAACCAUUUGAAGUAAGAUUGCCUUUGACACAGAAAUUAACAGUCACAUUUUAUGCAAAAGAAUACCCUCUAUUUGUGGAUCCACAAGCAUUUGAUGAUGUAAUGCAUUAUCAACGUAUAUUAGGUUAUGAUAAGCCUUUCACAUUUGAGAAAGAAGAUGAUGAUAAUGUUAUAAGAAAACCUGUAGUUAAGGCUGCUAAUAAGAGUUAA